CUCUCUCUCUCUCUCAAUUACCUUUUGCGUUCUGCUCCCUCAAAUCUGCUCUAUUCGAUGGACGUAUGGCUUUCCCGGGCACGGGCUCCCAUCUGGACGUCGCGGAGGUCCUUCGCGAGCUUCAAAGCCUCGGCUUCUGCUCCGGCCUCGAGGCUUCCAAGCCGGAGGUUGGCUGCGAGUCGCCGAGCGCGCGCUUCGACCGGAUCCUGUCGGUUUUCUGGAAGGAGGUCAAUCGGAGAGGAGAGAUCCGCACGCUUCCGGUCAUGGUUGGCGCCGGGCGGCUCGUCGAUUUGUGGAGCCUCUACUGCUUAGUGCGAGGCAUGGGCGGCUACGAUCGGGUCUCGGCGGACUGCGGUUGGGCGUCGGUUGCGCAGGCGAUUGGGGUGGAUUCGAGCUGCGGUUCGGCGGUGAAAUUGGUGUUCGUUAAGUACUUGGAUGCGCUCGAACGGUGGGUUCAGAGAUUAUCGGGGAAGAAUCAUUUUGGUGCCAAAGUACUCAUAGGACAUUUCAAGAAGCUCAAUGAUAAUGAUAAUGGUGGUGUUGUAACGUUGGAAACAAGCUCAGUUGGUGGAGGAAUCAUCUGUCAGAGGAAGAAGCAAGAAGCUCUGGAGGGGAUGCUUAUUUGGGCACGAUAUGUGGCAAGAAAUCCUAAUUUCUAUUGCAAAGUUGAGGAUCUUGCAGCUGAGGAGAACUAUGCUCGUGUGCUUCUGGCUAGACAAGCAUUACUACAAAAAGUAGUUGAUCAAACAAGCCCUGAAGAAAAUCAGGAAGGAAACCUGGCCAUUUGUGGGAAUGAUAUUCGUGUUAUUUCACAUGCAGCAAGAAUCUUAAAUGUGCAGCCUCAGCCUCUCGGCAAGGAAUCUAAUUCUUGUCAUAAAUUAAUAUGGCUUUCUGAUGAAGAAAAAGGCGAGGAUCCGGUGGCUACCGUUGAGACGACCAAUGAUGUUCAACAUCGAAUCCAAAGUCCACACUUUGAUAAUGUAGUUGACUGGUUUUCUGGGGAUCGGGCAGAGAUACCUGUCAGCACAUCCUCUCAAGCAGAAUUACCAGAUUGGAAUGGCCAGCCUUUUGUGCCUAGCAAUCCUGCUGAAGAACUGAAAUGGUUGGGUGAACGAAUCUGGCCUCCUGAAGGUCAAGAAAAUAGACCAUCAUUUAACGAUGCUGCUAUUGGAAGAGGUAGACAAGAUAAUUGUGAGUGCAAUUUUCCAGGUUCAGUGGAGUGCACUAGAUUUCACAUUGCCGAAAAGAGACUUCAACUGAAAGUAGAACUGGGUCGGGCUUUCCAUUCUUGGGGAUUCACAAGUAUGGGUGAGGAAAUCACACUGUCAUGGACAGAAGGCGAACGAUUGAAGUUCAAGUCUGUUAUUUAUUGCCAUCGGUCAUCUAUUGCCAAAAGCCUCUGGAGCCAGCUCUACUUGUGUUUUCCUCAUAGAAAGAGGAAAAGCUUACUAAGCUAUUAUUUCAACGUGUUUGUUCUUGAGCGCAGAAGGUACCAGAACCGUGUAACACACAAUAACAUCGAUAGUGACGAUGACGAAAGUGAGUUUUGCUCAAGUAAUUUUCUCGGUCAAGACAGAGUUACAGUUAAGGACUUCAUUCCCGUCGUCUGUGAUCAGAAUAAUCAAUGUAUUGAUUUAGAUGACUAGAUGCACAACACCAGUGGUCCUUGAAGCAGAAGCAUCAACAGAUUGUUGUUGUUUGCACCAGAAGAGCUUGGUGCUGCAUCAGUUGCAGAGCAACAUACCUGACAUCAACUCGUUUAACAUUUUUGAAAGAAAAUUUUAGUUUGCUGCUCUGUGUUUUCCCCCCUCAAUUUUGACCUAGAAAUGCUUGUGGAAUCACUUUCAUUAAGCCUCAAAUUUUGGUGCUUACAGCUGCACAUACAUGAGAUAAGAGCUAAAGAGUUUUGACAAUAGAGUUGGGCUGUUUAACAUCAAUAUGGAUGUUGGCUUUGGAUUCUUCUUUCCUCUGUUUAACAUGGUUUUAUAAGGUGCUUUAAAUGAAGUGUUUGUUCUUUAGUUUGAAGGAUUACUCAUGUGGUUUUGAAGGGUGACGAGAUAAAGCUUGGACGAGGACUUAAUAAAGUGUGAAGUCGUGGAGCUUCUUCGACCUCGAGGAUUGUCAUCAGUCUUGGAGUUGGACUUGAAGACUCUUGGCGGUAAGUAGUAAUGUUUUGAAUUUAUUUGAGAUAGAUAAAUACGAAGAUGAAAUUUCGCGCGCAAGUAGAGAUUAUUGUCUAGCGAGUUUUGCCAUAGUGUUUAAGUGAACUUA